UGACAGGUUGGACUAGUUAUUUAUUCAUAGAAGCUGUGAUAUUAAAUAUAUUAGAGGGCAUGCUAUGAAAAAGAAGAAAAAAAACAUGCCAGCCUGUCCAUAUGAUAUAUUUUUUUCUAUAAAUUCUCCUUGCAGAUGAAUUUCAUUGAUUUCAUCCUUACGUGUGCAUUUCUUCAUGUGGGCUAUCAAAACCCUCUGAGCUCCUGGACUCUUCAACCUAACGUUUUGGUUGUGAAAGUCAACGGAUCGCCGAGUCAACAAGCCCUCAAGUGCCUGCACACGGCAGAGGGAUUAACGAAUGGCGAUGACAAGGAUAUAUUAUGGAAGAAGAACGGCAAAGAAGAGAAACAGAGGGGUAAUUCAUACAUGGUGCAGCUAGAGGAGAGUUUAGGAGGAGGCCGCUACAGCUGCUACAGCGCAAACGGAUCUCUUCUCAAUCACACUGUUGUCCUAAUUCAAGAGGACACCACCAGAAGGAAGAUUCUGAUGAAAACUGACCAGGAGGAGUAUUUAAAGUGCUCAACCCAAAAUUUCGAGGGAGCAUUCCGAUGCUCUUGGACUUGGCACAGGACCCGCGUUGGAAAAGUAGCAAUGAUCAGAGCAGGACGAGGCAGAGAUGUUGAGUGUUCUGUGGACGCCAGUGGGCAACGAUGGACAUGCUCCUCUGGUCAAGGUCAAAUCAGCUGCUCGGUGGAAGGCACAGGAGAUGGGAUCUCCUGUGUGGACAAGCGGCACUGCGCAUUUGCAGAGGAGAAACAGCGUAUCUUCUUGACGGUCUACGUUAAGACAGAACGUUUCCUGGUGGAGAGCUACUCCAAACACUUCUACUUAUCUGAAAUUGUGAAGCCUGACAAAGUGAAGAUCAGGAGAGUCAACGCAUCGAUGAUAGAAGUGACUUACCCGGGUUCCUGGAGCAGUCCUUUAUCUUACUUCCCACUCACUAUCCAGGUUACGCAGAGGCCACGCGGGUGCAAAAACUGUGACAACCCCUGCGAAGACUUAACCGCUGCGGAGACUGUGACAGUGAACUCCUCAAGCACUUGUCGAUUUGAGGUCAAGUCCGAGUUUAAGACUAUCUGUGUCCGAGCUAAGGAUGCCCUCUGCAACUCGCAAUGGAGUGACUGGAGCCACCUCAGCACAGACUGAGAAAGAAGCGAAAAAGCAAACAGAGGAAUCAUACCAGCUGAGAACAUAUGCAGUUGAUGAGAAGGAGCAUCUGGGCAUCUGUAGGAACAGUAUUUAUUAUAUAUUAUAUAUAUAUAUAUAUUUUUGGGGGGGGGUGAAUAAAAUGCUUGGUUGUAUGUGUAAUUGAAAGUUGUUUUCCUCAUGAAUGCUGAAGCAGUCCUGCAUCUUAGUGAGAAAAGUAGCUCAUAUCUGUAUCGGAAAUCAACUUGCAUCAUUGAAAUGACCUCAAAUGCCAUUGACCCAUUCCAGGCUCCCAAAAACAGCAACAACAAAAAAAAAAAUGUAAUUUGUUUUUAAUGAGAAAAACAGCACUGUGACGUUAUACUUAUAUUGAACCAGCAUGAGACUGGGUUUUGUGUUUUACCCAUAUAUUGUCUAAUGUUUUGAUGUUAUUAAUUUAUUGCUUUGUAUGGAGUGAUGGGCGUUUUUAAAUGCUCUACAAAUAAAGUUGAGUUGAAA